CUAUUCUUUUUUUUAUAUAUAUAUCAACAGUUAAAAGAAGUCGACUUUUUUUUUUAUUAUUGUUAUUAUUACACUCAACAUGACGGAUAAAGGAACACCACAAACAAUACGCGCUUGGUUAGAGGAAGAAUUUAGUACACCAGGAUGGCAUUCCGCAGUUGUUGCUCAAGAAUUAUCCGACGACAUUUUGGAUAUUGUAUCUAUGCAAUUCACCAAUUACGAUAAAGCAACCAAGAUAGGCAUUCUCUUCUCAUUACUUUAUAUACGAAAAGGCGAACUUCCUUCUAUGAUUGACAAUUGUAACAAGAUAAUAAACACUGCUUGUCAAGAUCAAAGUGAUUGGGUACGACUUUUGGGAAAUAUAUUACAAGGCUUUGCUACUACUAAACAACUCAAUCUCAAAUGCACAGAAUGGUCAAAUCAAGUACAGCCACUUUUACAUCAUAUUGUUUCUACUGUUCAAGAUAAAGGCUUUGGUUUUCAUCCUAAGGAACUUAUGCUUAUGCAAUCAGAAGCUCAACCUAAAGUUCCAUUUACAAAUCCCAACUACGAAUCCAAUGAACCUACCAUCGCCAGACACUUCCAACUUAGCACAGCCAAGGACGACACUAUCUCGGACGCAGUACGCCAAAAUCGAUUUAAAGCCCUUAUUCAAGCAGAAGACGAUCUUAUUAUGGCAGAAGCUUCACCAUUGUCAUCUCCUACUUCAUUCAACACAUCAUAUCGAUUUCCCAAUACUAACAAUAAUUCAAUGGCAGUUCCUGGUGGUCAAACCCGACCUCCUCCAUCUACAGCUUUAUAUGCACGAGGUUCUAUGGACGCAAGAGCUGGUCUCCGCCCUCCUCCACCACGACCUCGACCUGCUACAGCUUCAUCAUCAAGUCUAUUUAUUCAACGUCCAAUGGUACGCAAACCUUCUCUUGGUACUGAUACAAACCGACCUAGCUUUUUACGUCCUUCUGGUCCUGCUCGUUUCAAUCGUCCUUUACCUCCAGGUAUGGCAACAAAUCCAACCACAUCUUUGACUUCUAUGAAUGCUUCAUCUCGUCCAUCUAUUCAUCGACAAGAUAAUGCCAUUCCCAAAGGUUUUAUUAAGCAAUCCCGUGUACAAAUGUUGGAUUUUAAUGAUGCAUCCAUGUUACAAGAAAGUAAUACCCGCGCUAUUGAUACUGCUAUGCAAGAUCUUCAAAAUGAAAAAGAAGCGAGAAAACAUCAAUUGGCUGAAGAAAAACGGCAGGCAGCGGAAAAACGAAAAUUGGAGGCACAAAGGGAAAAGGAAGAAAAGGAAGCAGCCAAGAAAAGAAAACAAUCAAAAACAAAUCCAUCUACAACUGUCGUCACUGAAGGAUCAAACCAAGAUACAACCAAGUCUACAUCAUCAUCAUCACCUACAAUAAUGACCGGAACGGAAGCAACAUCAGGGAUAGUCGCCACAGAUUCAUCGUUAUCACCAUCUUCAUCGAACUUACCAGUACAACAACCAAUAUCUCCAAGUUCUCCUACUAAACCUUCACCGUCGAAUUAGAACAAGACCAUUUAGUUUAGUCCAUAUAUUAUUCUCUAGGAUAUUUUAAUCUAUUCAUUGAAUAAAACUUACAUAUUCUCUAUUUUUAUUAUUCGUUACUUGUGAAAAGAGUAUUAAUAGUAAUGAUAAUAAUAA